AUGGCUUCUUUGUUCCAGCAGCCUUCCCAGGGCUGCGGGUCAAAUUGUGAGGUUCUUCAUACUAUUGCAUAUGAGGGAAAAGAGGAGAAACUUGAAUUGCUGAAUUUUCUAAUUCACAGUGGCCACUACCUGGUGUGUAAAAGGAAGCUUGAAAGUAAAAAGGAGGCAUUGCUAAUCCUUUCCAAAGAGCUGGACACCUGUCAACAAGAAAGAGACCAGUACAAGCUUAUGGCCAACCAGUUGCGGGAACGACACCAGUCUCUGAAAAAGAAGUAUCGGGAGCUGAUUGAUGGGGAUCCAUCUCUUCCGCCUGAAAAGAGGAAACAGGCAAAUCUUGCUCAACUACUGAGUGAGGCUCAAGAUCGAAAUAAACAUCUUGGAGAAGAGAUUAGGGAGCUUCAACAGAGACUGGGAGAAGUACAAGGGGACAAUAAGCUCCUUCGAAUGACAAUAGCAAAGCAAAGACUUGGAGAUGAUGAAGUUGGGGCUCGCCACUUUGCAGCACAUGAACGGGAGGACCUUGUUCAACAACUGGAGAAGGCUCGAGAACAAAUCGAGACUCUGAGAUACGAUCUUCAGGCUGCACUGGAUGAGUUACAGGAUGUGAAAGAGGAACGCUCUUUUUACCAAGAUAAGUCUGACAGACUAAACCAAGAGCUUAACCAUGUCUUAGGAGGGCAUGCAAACCGUAUCAUCGACGUAGAUGCUCUGUGUAUGGAGAACAGGUAUCUUCAAGAGAGAUUAAAACAACUUCAAGAGGAAGUCAACCUUCUUAAGUCUAAUAUUACUAAAUAUAAGAACGCACUAGAGAGACGAAAAAAUUCAAAGACUCAUAGUAGAUCCAGUAGCAGUGCUCUGACCGGAGUCCUGUCUGCAAAGCAAGUCCAAGAGUUGUUGUCGGAGGAUCAUGGAUGUAGCCUACCAGCCACACCACAGUCCAUUUCAGAUCUCAAAUCACUGGCCACUGCAUUGCUGGAAACUAUCCAUGAAAAAAACAUGGUCAUACAACACCAAAGGCAAACCAACAAAAUUCUAGGUAAUCGAGUGGCAGAACUGGAAAAGAAAUUAAGAACUUUGGAAAUUGCUGGCUUGUGGAGUCUUCCAGGCCUGAGCUACAGUGUCUCAGUGGGAUUUGGGAGUGGAAAGGAUACCAUAACAUUCAGUGACCCAACCUUGCCUGUUAUACAGCGGUCCAGGUCACCGUUGUUAGCGUUUACUGAUAAGCCACAGAAAACUGAAGUACAAGUUUUUCAUAAUGGAUGGGAGAUGGAUUAUUAUGCUUGCCUGUCGGCAUUUGGAUAA